CUUAAGUAACCCGGAACCUAGAAUUGUGGAACUAAUACUAGAGCGAGUACAUGCCAUGAAAGUAUGAAGCCGUGUAACGGUGUAAGGCGAUUUGUGAUUACCAUGCCAUUUUGGGUACAUACUCUUUCCAUAGGCGCGUGGUUUGCAUAUCCUCUUCUGCACAGCUCUUUGCGUGUCAUGUUCUCCGGAUAAGAACUUAAUAAGAAGUGAAUCAUUCGAUACAGUCGUCAGUCGGGAAAAAAAUGGACGGCAUGCAUCUAGAAUAAUAGAUCGACCUGACUGCUCACCUUACUCCUGGCUCCGACACCGGCCACCGUGACUCGUGUGCUCGCAGCAUACCAACAUGAUUCACGUGCCGUGCCGCAGCGCCUCGCUCCAAAGAAUUCGCAAUCGUUAGUCGUCCCGGUGCGCCGAACCCACAUGGCUCUUGUACCUUUGCCGUACGACAGCACCCCGUUUUUUAACGGGACAUCCGUGCUCGCAUUGUCUCAUCCACUCCACAACACGUACCAGCUUGAGACUUGAGAGCAUUUGCUAGUGUUCCGGUCCGGCGAGCACUGCCCACUCGCUAGCCACCCGCAACUCAUCGAGCAACUCAACAUCUCCAGUAGCAAUCGCUGGCUCCCUCCCGUGAUCUUUCCUCUGUGGCCGGCGGCUGGCUCUAUAUAAAACCAAACACCGUGUAUGUAACCACCCAACCGAUCAAGAGGGCAGAGCCAGGUUGAUUUCUUUGACCAACGCGGCGCAGGCUAGGCGACACGUACGGCCGCAUGUCGUGGUCUGACACGGACGCGGCGUUGUUCGCCGCCGUGCUGGGCAAGGACGCCGCGCACCACCUGGCCACCACGCCGCCGCAGCUCGAUGGGCCGGCGUCGGCUUCAGCGUCGUCCGCCGAGCUCCAGGCGCGCCUGCAAGACCUCGUCGAGCUGGGCGGGGCAUGGACGUACGGCAUCUACUGGCAAGAGUCCCACGACGGAGCCGGCCGCCCCGUGCUCGGCUGGGGCGACGGGCACUGCCGCGAGCAUGACCCGGCCGCGCCCGAGGACGAAGAAGCCGGCGCCGCGAACACGAGCCUGGCGCGCAAGCGCGUGCUGCUGCGGCUGCACGCGCUGCACGGCGGCGGGGAAGAAGACGAGGAGGGCGCCGACUACGCGCUCCGGCUCGACCGCGUCACCGGCGCCGAGAUGUACUUCCUGGCGUCCAUGUACUUCUCCUUCCCCGAGGACGCAGGCGGGCCGGGCCGCGCGCGGGCCUCGGGCCGCCACGCGUGGGUCGCCGUGGAUGAUCCACGCCGGCCCGGGUGGUGCGUCCGCGCGUCCCUGGCCCAGUCCGCGGGCCUGCGCACCGUCGUCUUCCUCCCGUGCAAGGGCGGCGUGCUCGAGCUCGGCUCCGUCGCGGCCGUCCGCGAGAACCCCGACGCCCUGCGCGCUAUCCAGUCCGCCUUCCGCGUCGAUCCUCCCACCCCACCGAACGAUUACAUGAGGAUCUUCGGGAAGGAUCUCUCCCGCGGCGCGCAACAAACAGGAUGCGACGCCACUUGGGCGGCGCCGCUGCGGCUCGGCGGGCAAGCCAUGGCCGCGACGCGCCCGGCGCCCAAGAAGGAGGUUGUCAAAGCGAAACCUGCGGAGCCGUCUCCUAAAAGAAGCAUAAAUUUCACCCAGCAGCCGGACGCCCAGAAGCAGGCGGGCGGCGGCGGCGACGAGCGGAGGCCGCGGAAGCGGGGGCGCAAGCCGGCGAACGGGCGGGAGGAGCCGCUGAACCACGUGGAGGCGGAGCGGCAGCGGCGGGAGAAGCUGAACCAGCGCUUCUACGCGCUGCGCGCGGUCGUGCCCAAGAUCUCCAAGAUGGACAAGGCGUCUCUGCUCAGCGACGCCAUCGCCUACAUCCAGGAGCUGGAGGCGCGUCUCAGGACGCCGACGUCCCCGUCCGUGGAGGUGAAGGCAAUGCAGGACGAGGUGGUGCUGCGCGUGACCACCCCGCUAGACGCGCACCCCGUCUCCGGGGCCUUGAGCGCCAUCAGGGACUCGCACCUCAGCGUCGUGGCGUCGGACAUGGCGAUGGCGGGCGACGCCGUCACGCACACGCUCGUGGUGCGGUCGGCCGGACCGGAUCGGCUCACGGCCGAGACGGUGCUCGCCGCCAUGUCUCGGGGGAUGAUGAUGAGCAACACCCCCUCCCCGUGACUAGCUGUGCGGUUGUAACAGCACUCGAGGCUCGUGCACCCGUGCGUAGGAACACAAGUUGUACGUACAACUGUCAACCGUCUAGCGUGUUAGGUUAGCAUAUGCUCCUUGUGACCGCGUGCCGCGUGAUACGCAGGGAAAAAAAAGUGCAAAACGGGAGGGCAAAGGUGAAACUGAAACUCGUUUCCUAAUUUUGUAUUUACAUCAGAUUAACUUUCGCAAUUUAUAUGAGAUUCGUCUACGCAAGUUAAAGCU